AUAAAAAUGUCAUCUAUACAUCGUAGAUAUACAGUUCUAAAAAUUUGGUGACAUUGAUUCAGAUUCAGAAGAGAAGAUCGUUGUUCGCUGACCUUGUCAAAUUAUUGAAGAAUAAAGUAUUUUAUGCAAGGUGUAAGAAAUUAAUUAAAAAAUGCUACAAGUCGAUGAUAAAAAGGCACGUGGUCAUCAACGUAGUCCUUCAGAUACACAGGCAUUUCGUCAACGAACAAAAAGAGAUGCCGAGAAUGAAUUACAGCAGGAAUUACAAAAAUUAACGGGCACUGCUCCCGAAAAUAGAAAAGAAGAAUUUAGCAGGCAAUUUGAAGGAUUUGCGAAUCUUUUUAAACGAUUUUUAGAAGAAGAAGGACCAUCGUUAGAAUGGGAUCGUAUUCAAAAAUUACCGGAAAAUGCUAUACAUAAUUAUAAUAGCCUUUCUGAUCCUAGCAAUGAAGAAAUCAAGGCUAUGUUAAGUAAACUAAUAGUUGUUAAAUUGAAUGGUGGAUUAGGUACAAGUAUGGGUUGUCAUGGACCAAAAUCAGUGAUAGCAGUUCGCAAUGGAUUGACAUUUCUUGAUUUAACUGUUCAACAAAUCGAGUACUUAAAUAGAACAUAUAAUGCGAAUGUGCCACUUGUUUUGAUGAACUCCUUCAAUACAGAUGAGGAUACCCAACGAAUCAUCAGAAAAUAUAAAGGAAUAGAUGUUGCUAUUCAUACUUUUAAUCAAAGUUGCUAUCCUCGCAUUAAUAGAGAAUCGUUUCUUCCUCUUGCAAAACAUUGCAAUGUAAAUCAAGAUAUGGAAGCUUGGUAUCCACCUGGUCAUGGAGAUUUCUAUGAAAGCUUUAAAAGUUCUGGUCUACUUAAAAGAUUCAUUAAGGAGGGUCGUGAAUAUUGCUUUAUUUCGAAUAUUGAUAAUUUAGGUGCAACUGUAGAUUUAAGAAUUUUAAAGUUGCUACUAGAUAAAGGGCAUAGCUCCUCUCCUGAAUUUGUUAUGGAAGUAACAGAUAAAACCAGAGCAGAUGUUAAGGGUGGAACACUUAUUCAAUAUGAAGAUAAACUUCGACUUUUAGAAAUUGCACAAGUUCCUAAAGAUCAUGUAGAUGAUUUUAAAUCCGUGCAAACAUUUAAAUUUUUUAAUACUAACAAUCUUUGGGUUAAACUUGAUGCUAUCGAGAGAGUAUUAGAAAAUAGUUCGCUCAAUAUGGAAAUUAUUGUUAAUAACAAAACACAACCUAAUGGUUUAAAUAUUAUUCAACUGGAAACAGCUGUGGGUGCUGCAAUGAAAUCUUUUGAGGGAAGUAUUGGUAUAAAUGUACCACGUAGCAGAUUUUUACCUGUUAAGAAAACAUCUGAUUUAAUGCUUGUCAUGAGUAAUCUUUACAUACUUCGUAAUGGAUCUUUAGUAAUGAGUCCACAACGGAUGUUUCCCACUACACCUCUUAUAAAACUGGGUGAUAAUCAUUUUUCGAAGGUAAAAGAAUUUCUUACCAGAUUUCCAACAAUACCAGAUCUUUUGGAAUUAGAUCAUUUAACAGUAUCAGGUGACGUAACAUUUGGUAAAGGUGUUUGCUUGAAAGGUACUGUCAUCAUUAUCGCUAAUCAUGGAGAACGUAUAGAUCUUCCAUCUGGAACUAUCUUGGAGAAUAAAAUAGUAUCUGGAAAUUUACGUAUAUUAGAUCAUUAAUACAUAUUCAUAUCAAUCUUGAUAGGCUUGCACAAACUGCAGAAGCACACAUAAUUGUAAAUGCUUUUCAUUAUAUUUUAGAUGAAUUUAACUAGUCAAAUAAAUUGUAUAUAGGGAUAUAUCAAAUGAGAUUAGAAAUUAUAGAAUCUAAAUUGUAUGUAUGGCUGGCUGUAAAAUAUAGAUGCAAUAAUGCAAUGGUAAA